AUGCCGGAAGACGUGCAGAUGAACGACUCGGAGCCCCAGCCUGCGGCCCCAGCUCCCGCCGCCGCGGCGCCGGCGCUCUCCACACUGCACCCGGCGCUUAUGUCAGAUCUGAAGGAGAUCGCGACCGUGAUCGAGGCCGGCUCUCUGUCCAAGGAGGUCCGCCGGAUCUCCCGCGCCUUCCGCCUCACCGUCGCGCUCCGCCGCCGCGUCGCCGCGCGGGACGUCUCUGCCUUCCUCGCCUUCGCGCUUCCCGCGUCCUCCGAAGCCUACGGACGCCUCACCGCCCUGGUGCCCAAGCCUAAACUGAAGAUGAUACUGAGAUGGAUGUUGAUGCUGCGGCUCGGCAACUCAGAUUUCAAUCAAACAUGGUCUCCUGAGAUUGAAAUAUUUUGCUACUUGCUUGUACUGAUUUUCCUUAUUGAUCAGAAGAAAUAUGAUGAGAACCUAAACCGGAGAACUGUUGAUGUCCUGGCAUCUCGUCUGUACUUUUAUUACUCUUAUGUGUAUGAGCUUACCAACAACCUUGCUGAAAUACGUGGGAAUCUGCUUGCUCUACACAGAAUGGCAACUUUGCACCGUGACGAGCUUGGCCAGGAAACACUACUCAAUCUCCUCCUCCGCAAUUACCUCCACUACAACUUGUAUGAUCAAGCAGAAAAGCUUAGAUCAAAGGCACCUCGUUUUGAAGCACAUUCCAAUCAACAAUUUUGCCGAUACUUGUUCUACUUGGGCAAAAUUAGGACAAUUCAGUUGGAGUACACUGAUGCUAAAGAAAGCCUCCUGCAAGCUGCUCGUAAGGCACCAACAACAGCCCGUGGUUUUCGGAUUCAGUGCAACAAAUGGGCUAUCAUAGUGAGGCUGCUGCUUGGAGAGAUUCCAGAGAGGACUGUUUUCAUGCAGAAAGGAAUGAAGAAAGCUCUGACACCUUACUUUGAGCUAACAAAUGCUGUCAGGGUUGGGGACCUUGAACUGUUCAGGGCCGUCGCGGACAAAUUUGCAAGCACAUUCAGCGCAGACAGGACUCGCAACUUGAUUGUGAGGCUGCGCCACAAUGUCAUUCGAACUGGACUGCGCAACAUCAGCAUUUCUUACUCAAGGAUCUCCCUUGCUGACAUUGCUAAGAAGCUCAGACUAGACUCUGAGAACCCUAUUGCUGAUGCGGAGAGCAUUGUAGCCAAGGCCAUAAGAGAUGGCGCAAUUGACGCCACCAUAUAUCAUGCAAAUGGCUGGAUGGUUUCGAAGGAAACUGGUGAUGUCUACUCGACAAAUGAGCCACAGAUUGCAUUCAACUCCAGGAUUGCGUUCUGCCUCAACAUGCACAAUGAGGCAGUCAAGGCGAUGAGAUUCCCCCCUAAUUCUCACAAGGAAAAGGAGAGCGCUGAGAAGCGCCGAGAGAGGCUUCAGCAGGAGGAAGAACUGGCUAAGCACAUGGCUGAGGAGGAUGACGAUGACUUCUAA